UUUUUUUCUAAAAUAAAUUAAAAAAAAAAAUAAUAUAAUUCACCAUGAUACCAAAUAAACGAGCCCUUGCGAUUGUGGCUCUCUUCAUAUUAAGUGUUGUGAUUAAAUCAACCUUAUCAUCUCCAACAGUCGAUUUUAGGUCUAUAAACUUACAUAAAAGGCAAGCACCAGCAGAUGGUGCCCCAAAAGAAAAAGCACCUGAUGCACCAAAGGAUCAGAAUCCACAAGCAAAACUUCCAGUAGUGGAUCCAGCAAAGGAACCCGCAAAGGAACCAGCAAAGGAACCAGCAAAGGAACCCGCAAAGGAACCAGCAAAGGAACCCGCAAAGGAACCCGCAAAGGAACCAGCAAAGGAACCCGCAAAGGAACCAGCAAAGGAACCAGCAAAAGAUCCAGCAAAAGAAGCAGCAAAAGAUCCAACAAAUGAUCCUGCGAAAGAUCCCGCAAAAGUUCCUGAUCCUGCAAAAGAUCCAGCAAAAGUUCCAGCAAAUGAUCCUGCGAAGGAUCCCGCAAAAGAUCCAGCAAAAAAUGCCGCAAAGGAUCCUAAAGCUCCUACUGAUCCAAAGACCGUACCACCCCCUCCAGCUCCGGUUCCCGCUAAAGCCGCAGCAAAUCCUCAAAACACUCCACUUCCAACCAUAACAUCUCUUAAUACAGCAGCAAAAGGAUCUCCAAAGUUAACGACUAGUACGAGUGUAAUUCCUGAAUCAACGACAAAAGUUACUAAAACUUUAGAUGAUGGACAAGUAACUGUUGUUGAAGAAAAGGUUCCUGCAAAAACUGUUGUUGUUGUGACAGAUGCACCUGAUGCCGAUGGAUUGGAAUUUAGUUCCACAAAUUCUUUAAUUGACUAUAAAAAUAUUGUAACUAUAGUGUUAGGCUUAAUUAUAGCAGCAUUCGCUAGCAUCAUAUCUCUAUAAUUUUUUGAGCGAGAAACAUAGAACCAAGAUAAAUUAAUUAUUAUUAUAAUUAUAUAAAUAUUUAUAAAUAUUUCGUAAAAAUAAAAUCUAUAGAUUGAUUCUAAAUAAUAAGUUAAUAAAUAAUUAAGUUCUCAUUUU